CAACCCUGAAACAAACGAGACGCAGUGUUAGGAAACAGCAUCCCUGAAGGGGGAAAAAAGCUACAUUACAAUUAACUGCUUCUGUGUGGCAAAGGGCAACAUUUAGCAUCGGGAUGUACUCAUUCCUGAGAGUGAUUCACUUGUGUGGAGGGGCAGCUGUCGUCUGAACUGGAUCGAAGCAGCGUACUUCCACAUUCACACAACACAAACCUAUGUCAGACCCUGAAGAGUAUGAUACUGACUCAAACUAUACAUAUAACGAACUAGACAGCGUCUGCGAGGAGGACCUGGGCCUGCAAACCUUUCAAGUCACGUUCCAGAAUGUGCUUUACAGCCUCAUCUUUCUGCUGGGUGUAGCAGGGAACAGCCUGAUGAUUACAGUCCUCUUCAGACGCUGGCGCCUCCUGCGCAUCACGGAGAUCUACCUACUGCACCUCGCCCUGGCUGACCUCCUGCUCCUUUUCACAUUUCCCUUUGACAUCGUGGAAAAUACCACUGGCUGGCUGUUUGGCAACUUUCUCUGCAAGAUGAUGGGCCUCGGGAAACAGCUCAACCUCCUCUGUGGGAGUUUCCUUCUGGCUUGCAUUGGGUUUGAUCGGUAUUUGGCAAUCGUUCAUGCUAUAACUAGCAUGCAAAGUCGACGUCGAAGAACAGUGCACCUGACGUGCAUCUUGUUAUGGCUGGUCUGUUUGGCUUUAUCGAUGCCAAAUAUUGUGUUUCUUACUGUGAAAGGGGAAGGCACACACAAUUCAAGUUUCUCUUGUUUCUUUCAUGAUUAUGAAAUCCAUGCACACAAUUGGGUUCUGACCAGUAGAGUCUUGGAUCACGUGUGCUUUUUCCUCCCACUGGCCAUAAUGAGCUAUUGUUACACAGCAGUGGCAGUUACUUUGAUCAAGAGCCAGAAAAGGCAAGCAAAGCAUGCAGCAAUUCGACUGGCUUUUCUUAUCACGUUCGUCUUUUUUUUCUGUUGGCUACCAUAUAAUAUCACCUUACUUAUAAAAACUAUGGUAGACCUGGAAGUUAUCUCGUAUCAAUCAUGUAACCUUUAUGUUCAACUGGAACCAGCUCUUCAUGUGACGAAAAGCCUGGGUUUCUCACACUGUUGUCUGAACCCUUUCUUGUAUGCCUUUGUUGGGGUGCGCUUUCGCAAUGAGCUGAUUCAGUUACUUUACAAACCGGGCUGCGGUCGUGUGUGCAUGCCUUUCAUCAGAGCUCAGGGUCACAGUCGAUCAUCCAUUUCAGAGGGAGUAACCACCACCAGCUCCGUCCACAUGUAUUAACUCUUAUACAACGACAACUGUAACUAAUAUGCUU